UGAUAAGAAGCAUGAGGGGCGUAGCGUUGGAACAUGAUGUGGCUUACAAAAUCCAUCGACGUGAGAUUGUUGCUGACCCGUACAGGAUCAGGGGUAGCACUCUCCGAUCUCGGUGCGCAGUAGCCUAGUUGAUAUUUAUGCACCGGUGCUAUGCAUCGUGAGUAGCUCUUACGGCCCCUGUGCGAUCGGCAAGUACGAGCCGACAUUCAGCUGACAUGGCCGACUCGAGCUCACAGGGAACGCUUCUUACAAAAGAGCGAUUCGGCUGCAAGACACGGCUGUACCUGGCCGCGUGUUCUGCAUUUAUGUCCUCUAUUUCAUUCGGACUGACGCUCAGUUAUUCGUCGCCGGCACUACCCAAUAUAAGACAGAAGAUACCAAUCAGUGACUCUCAGAACGACUGGUUCGGAUCCCUCCUUAGCAUCGGAGCUGCUUUGGGGGGACUUGCCGGAGGACAGCUAAUGAAUUUCGUGGGCCGGAGAGGAGCCAUGUUGUUUGCAGCUCUCGUAUACGUCGUUGGCUUCCUCCUCAUUGAAGCGACGCUUCUUAUAGAAGUAAUGUUUGUAGGUCGUCUCCUGACAGGGAUCGCGACAGGAAUCUCAGCCGUUGUAGUUCCUGUAUUCUUAUCCGAAGUCAGUCCACCCGAUAUACGCGGAGUCAUCAACACGCUCGGCACGGUAGCCGUUACUUCAGGCGUCCUUCUUGACUUCGUGUUCGGCAAAUGGUUAGAUUUUCAGUGGCUAGCGGUGGCCUGCAUGGUACCGUCAGUCAUUCUUGUAUUCUCUAUGCCCUUCGUCGCCGAAACACCGCGAUGGCUGCUGCAAACUGGGAAGUCUGAAGAAGCCAUUGCAGCCCUAAGAUUCUACCAAGGACAUGAUGUUAAGAAGGAGUUCGACGCCUUAAGCAUAAACGUCUCAAACGUUGAAAAAUUUGUUAUAGGAGAGUUCAAGCAGCCGUACAUCUACAAGCCAUUCCUCAUCACGCUCUUAGGAAUGUUCCUGCAGCAGUUCUCGGGGAUCAUCAUCAUGCUUUACUACGCGCAAGACAUCUUCACAACAGCCGGGUCUACAAUCGACGCAGCACUCAGCUCCAUUAUUAUUGGCGUCGUUCAGGUCGCGUCCGUACUUGUGACAGUUUGCCUCACCGACCGACUGGGCAGGAAAGCGCUCAUGCUAAUCUCUACACUUGUAUCAUGUGUGAGCCUCAUAGUAAUGGGCCUCUUCUAUCACCUUAAAGAAAUUCAUGGUCACAGUUUUGUCACAUCGUAUGGCUGGCUUCCUUUGGCAGCCCUGUGCCUGUUCAUGUUCGGGUAUUCAGUUGGGCUAGGACCACUGCCGUGGCUACUCAUGGGGGAGAUGCUGCCAUUGCGUAUCAAAGGAUUUGCAACGGGAUUUGCAACGGCAUUUAACUUCUCCUGCAGUGCCAUCAUCGCAAGAGAGUAUCAUUCAAUGAUAAUAGAAUUAGGGAACGAUGGUAUAUACUGGUUUUACGCAGGUUUCAUGUUAGUUGGGUUUGUGUUAGUGUUGGUGUUUCAGCCAGAGACAAAGGGAAAGACGCUGGAAGAGAUAGAGGCCCUUUUCGGUCGACAAGGAGUUGUUUUGAGUAGCAGUGAUAAUCAAUGUGUACAGCUCGGGAAUUAGUGGUGCGCGUUUGUAAACUGAAGAGGACACCGAAGCCUAAACAUCUUGACGGGACCCACUGCAUAAUCAUGUCAUGGCAGCUUGCUCUCUUCGAUGCCACAUGCUACCUCCAUUGAUUGCGUGAUGCCUGUGACUCAGUGGUGACUCCACGGUUUGACCUCUAAGGCACCCCAAAAUGGAAAUGAAGAUCGGCUAACCACACUUGAAAAGUGGUAAAGGGCAUAACAGUGCGCACAUAUGAACGGUUUAUUGACACCUGCGCGCUGAACAUAGUCUUCGAAAUGAACUGCUCCAUUUGUGGCCAUAAAUGGCCUUACGACGCGUUGAUCCAACAUUUGCAAAUUCUCCAUUUUUGGUUGUGUUGCGAACACGUAGAAGACAGUCAUCACGCGCAUGUUCAUUUUCAUUUUUACAUUGGACACGUUGAAUAGCCUUUUCUUUUCUUCCCCCAUUUUCCUUUUUUUGGAAUAGCAAGCAGACCUCCGUCUGGCUGACCUUUCCUUUCUUUUUUCUUAAUAAACAUCCCCCCUCCCUGGUUUUGCGUUUGAUUCAUUAUCAUUUAACCCCGAAUGCCAAGUCAGGUACGGGAAUGGAGAAAACGGAAGAUAUCUCACUUUCGAGUACCGUCAGCAUACCUUCGAGUGUAUGGAAAAUAAAUGAUAUAUUUAUUUAAA